ACAGAGAAGUCCUCUGGGGGUCAGCACGCUGUGAUGGAAGUUGGACAGCCGUACGCGAGACGCGGCCCGAAGCUCUCCCCGGCCCCGGACCAGUUUGCGGCUGAGGGACGCGACUCCCGACGCCUCGGCUGCUCCUCUCAGACGCUGGUGUUUUGCUUCGUUUCUCUGCACUGGGCAAUGAGGAAUAAAAGGAUGUUAGAGAUUUUUCUACUUCUCUGAGAGCUGGGAAGGAGGGAAGGAAAAGUUAUCCAACGGCAAGACUUUGCUGGAGUCUUGCAGAGGGUAUCUGAGGGGACUUGGGAAUUUGUGGUGGAGAAAGGCUGCCUGGAAAAAGAACCAGAUGCGUUAGCACUGCGAGGGUACGAGUGCAAGUCUACAUAGUUUCAGCCCCGUCAUGGGGACAAGCAUGUGUUCAAGGAGGCAGAAGGGGCUUCUGCAGACUGGCUUUUGCCUGGUGGCUCUGGCAUGUUUGGGCUCUGGAGUUUUCAUGUACAAUCACUUGCAGCAAAAGGUGAGGAACGCUGAAGCCCUUGCCCAGAAAUACAAACAGCAGCAGGAAGCACUGUCUGCUCAACUCCAAGUUGUGUACGAGCACAGAUCCAGGCUGGAGCGAUCCCUGCAGAAGGAGAGAGGGGAACACAAGAAGACAAAGGAAGAUUUUUUAGUGUAUAAAUUAGAAGCUCAGGAAGCUCUCAACAAAGAGAAGCAAGAUUCUAUGAACAGAUACGGGGCCCUCAGCUCCCAGCACAAGAUACUGAAGAACCAGCAUGAAGAUGUCAAGAAACAGCUGCUUGACCUGCAAUUACAGCACAACAGCUUGAAACUGGAACAUCGUAAGACACUGGAGACCCACAGCCAGAAAUAUGCCCAGCUGCAGCAAGAGAAGGAUAGUGAAGUCACAAACUUGCAGGAUACAAUCUUUAAACUCAGAGAAGAGAGCAAGCUUCUUCGGAAGGCCCACCAGGAGGUUCACUCUCAACUCCUUAACUCCCAGGCCCAGUUGGAAGAGUUCAGGCAGUUCAAGGAAGCGCUACAGAAGAUGCCAAGCUUCAAAGAAGUAGAAGCUGGGAAGGGGCAACAGCAAUUACAGGCACUGAAGGAGCAGCCCCUGGUGCCAGGCAACAGCCAGUUGCAACUUGUGAGGCAGCAGGCUUUUUCAGUCAAUCAGGAGAAUCUCCCUGCUGGGAGCCUGCUGGGAGCAAAGGUCCCUGGCAUUCAGAGCCAGGCAGAUGAGUCUCUGCUGCAAGGCCAGAACUUGCACAGUAAUGAUGGCCUGAGACCACAGGGUGAUGUGCUCCUUACCCAUCCAGCCCCACUGCAAGAUGCCAGUCGACCAGCAGAUGCUAUGCCAGCCUGGCCACCAAGGCAUGGGGAUGGCCAUGCGAUCAGAUUUACCCGGACUGUGAACAGUUUACCUAAUGGGAACCCAGACCUAACGAUGGUGCUGCGUGUCCAGGGGAAAAGCAGUGAGGGAAGCCAGGCUCCUCAACUGGGACUGUCAGAUUUGAAACAUCCAUCUGCAUCAGAAAAGGCUCAGAUGCCAGACGGCCACCACUUGACAGGGAACAAACAGGUGCAAGUGCAAAGUUGGCAAGACAUAGUUAACAAAGUGAACGCCCAGUUGGAUGAAGAACAAGUGAAUGGUUACCCAAAGAACCAUCGUUUUGAUUUUGGGCCUGGGGAAGAGAUGCAGAAUGGUAGCCUACAGCUGCCUAACCAGAAGAGAAGGGCAGAGCUUCAAACAGCUGAUCAGGAAAGCAAGAAGGGAAGGACAGAUGAUGAGGAACUUGAAAUGGAUGCAGGAAUGAUUGAAAGAGAGGAGAACUUGCAUUCUCAGAAACAGACUAUUGUCCAAGAACCAGUGAUGCCAGAUGAUGCUGCAGACCCUGCCCAGGACCCCAAUAACCAAGGUGAAGAUGAGUUUGAGGAAGCUGAACUGGAAAGACCAGAUUUUGAAGAGAAGGGCAGAGGUUUGGAGAAGUUCAAGGAGCCCAGUGUGAAAGAGUCUGAGGAGAAACCACCAAAGGAUGCUGGCAGACCCAUCAAGGGAAGGGAAGACCCAAUGGAUGACUAUCAAGAAGAUCAGGAGCAAGAAAUUGAGGAUCAUGGAGGUGAGGUGGAUGACAAUGAUGACCUGGAACUUGUUCAAGAGCAGAAGGACCAUGCAAGCAUACAGGGAGCUGAUGGCAAGAAGGACGACUACUACUGAAAGAUGCUGAAGAAAGAUGGGACACACUAGGAAAAAGGGGACAAUUUAUAAAGGAGAACUCCUCCUGGGAGCUGGCUCCAGUGUUAAACGCUGCCUAGAACAGACAAAGGCAGGAAGAGAUGACUGUCUUUGCAGGCACUGAGCAGAGUGCUUGCAGAUGUGCAUUAUGGCUGGGGGGGGGCAGGACAUCACUUUGUCUCCAGUCAAUGGUAUGGAAGUGCUCUCAGAGUAUGGGAAUGACUUUAUCCUGCUGCUCCUCUUAGAAGUACUUCUUGAUCUGUUUUCUUCACCCUCUUGUUCUCCCCUUCACCUCACAGCUGAGUUUUUUUUUUUUUUUUUUUUUUUUUUUUUUUAACUACCUGGGCAGGGGAAGGGUGGAGGACUAUAAAAGUAGAGUUGCCUGAACUGGCCCCUGGACUUACUCAACUGAUUGCUAAUACCAAGGAAUCUGUCUCCAUAAAAUAUUUUGUUCGAUAGUGUUCUUUUAAAAUAUCAUUUGCUCACAUCAGUAGGGUGGAGAGGAGGGCAACCUGAUUGCUGUCUGGAGUAAUGCAAGGGUGAUGGCUAACUACAAGCACCAGCAAAAUGACCAUGUGCCAGCAAGAGCACGUAUGUGCAUGUGUGUGUAUGGUCAGAUCCUCUUCCAGGUUUGCAGGCCUUUCUCAGCUCUAUAGAGAGCUCUCCUUUCCUUGGCUUUGUGGCUGUGACAUGACCGUCCUGCCUAGCUCAGAGCCUCCCUGUCUAGGACUCUGCAUCUUGUCUUGACGUUGCUGUUGCACCCUGGGUUCUAGUAGAUGUGAGCUGGCCUGAGCUGAGACAGGCAUUUCUGGCACGGUGACAGGGACUGCCAAACAGCUGUGACCCUGCAGCACCCUCUGCAGGUCCUUCAACCGAUGGUACACAGGCUUUCUCCUGGGUCCACUGAACCCUUAUUCCAGAGGAAGAAAAUCAUAGGAUGUAGACCACCAGACCAGCACUGUGCUGGAAUAAAGAACUUCAUGGCACAGCUCUUAGUCCUUCUGUUUGCUCAGAUAGUCUUCUCUUUACUUGCUUUAGCAUUUUGGUGGCAUGGAUGCCUCAAGUAGGACAUGAAUACAGUCUGAGAAGGGCAGAUUAACCUACUGACAAAAAGUUUUCAAAUGCAAGCUGUAGGAUGGGAGCAGACAUCCAUCUGUGAUGGAGGAUUUUUUUUUUACCAUGAAAAUCCAUGUCUGAGCAGCCACAGCAUCCCAGAAGAGCUGUCCCUCCUCUGCCCUCUUCGGGAUCUCAGGAAAGGCUUUUUGUUUACUUUUCUUUUCUCUUUUUAAUUUAUUGUAAUGCCUUCAGAAGAACCUGCCAUAUGAACACUCCCUGUCUGCACCUGCCUCCCAGACCCACUACUUCGUCCCUCCUUCCCUCUCACUGGCACACACUCAACUUCUGGCAUCUUCUGGACUAAGGUUGAUCAUGAUUUCCAGGGAAGCUGAGGGAUUUGGUGCAUAGGAGAAAAAUAGUUGGGAAAAGUAUUUAUGAUAAUGGAUAUGAAGGAAUAUUUGGAGCCUAAUGAAUGUAAAUCCAUCCUGCUCAGGUUUUCUCCAUCCUCCCAGGAUAAGAUAAACUUUCUUCUCUCUCACUGAGGUGCUAUUUUUUUUUCAUUUGGAUAUUUUUAGUGCUCUGCUUAUUUGCUGGAUUGAAGACAGGGGUGCUUUCUUUACUGAAAGUCUAAAACAUUUCUGGCCUGACCCUCCUCAGACAGAAAGGAGCAAUGAAUCAGCUGGAGUUUAAAAUGGUGGCAGAUGAAAGGCAAAUGGGCCUCAUCAUGUUUCCUCAAAGUCUGGGACCUGGCUUAUUCAUAUAAAUAAGACAGGGCUGUCGCAUUUCAUACCUUAUGCAAGACCCAUACAUACGAGCUGUCUCUUGCUUGCUGUCAUAAUUUUAGUAGUUUUGGGCCCUGGGACCCCAUUUUUAGACAUUUGGAAAAAGAAUACUCAUCUCCCAGGAAGUUUGGUUGUCUUCAUUCAGGCAAUACUGACUUUUUUUCACUGGGGUUCUAAUGGAGCUUGAAAUUAAAGUUCCAUAGGAUUUUCAGGUUGUGGGUGUUUUAUUUAUUUUUCUAUCCUGCUUGUGUUUCUUACCAGCACAAUCAACUGUGUGAGCCAAACACUGAGACUGGAGCAGUUAAUGCAACUGGUUUCCUGCUUGCUUUGCUUGGAAGCAAGAAGAAUGCUGCUUUCCCAGAUUGCCCCUUGUUAGAGCUACAGCAUUAGGUCAGCUGGAUGAUGAUAGUGGAUAUUAUUGAGUCCAGUGGAAUCAUCUUGUUAGGACUUCACAGACCUGGUGUACUGCUGUGCUGUGGACUACUGCUGUGCCCUGGACCAUUGGACCAGUUCUGAAAUCUGUUUUCCAAAACCACAUGAGAACACAGACUGCCUUACAGAUGAAUAUUGAUGCUAACUCUUGGGAGGGCAUGAGCUGAGAGAGCUCUUGGCUGCAGAGUUUUAGCUGAAGCCAUGCCUGGGUCCUGCCUUAGCUGAGUUAGGAAACUCAAAGGCAGAGCAUCCCAGCUGCAAUCACUGUAAGGCUGUCCUCAGCAGCAGUUCAGCUGCAGCCAACCAUUCUAACUUAGAGGAGAUUUCUUAGGCCUGAAAAGGAGCAUUCGGUUAGUAGAGAAUUCCCAGUGUACUGCUUUUCCUCUUUUCCUCUCAGCUUCAGAUCAGAAAUCCAGGAGUGGUCCAGUUUCCAUCUAACUGAAGCUUUUCUAUUUUUUUUUCUGCUCAGAGAUUUUCAGCAAAACCACAAUUAAUACGUAUAUUUUCCUGAUCUUUUUGCUUUGUAUCACUCCCUGGAAUAGUCUACUUUAACUGUAGAGGCAUUAAGAGCAUUCAGGUCUUGAGGCACACAGAUCUUAGAGUACAACUGCUGUCUUAAUGGCUUUAUUCUCAUCACACUAUUUGGUAUUUUUGUAGGCAGAAUAAGCAAAGAUGCCAGAGGCAGAAUAGCAGUCAAAGGCUGCACUGAGGAGUCUAGGGUCUAUUAGACAAGCAUCAUAGCUGUCCUUGUUGCAUUCACCUCAGAAGCACAUUAGGGAGCUUACUGUGAAGCUGUUAAUGGGUGGAAGAUAUCUGAAGUGACCUGAAAUAGCUAAUGCUGUGUUAGUGCUUUACAUUAUUAACUUUGCUGUAUGAUGCAACACUGUUCAGUCUCCACUGCCUGCUAUAAAUAGCACUUUCAGAAUAAGAUUAACUAGAAGUGCAGUUAUCUAUCUGGAUAGAUCCCAAUCAAAAAUGCCUCAAAUUCUCAGCUAGGCUGGUAAGGUGUCAUUGUUCACAGGUUAGUGUAGGACCAGGGCCCACAGUAGUCUGUGACAUAAAUUUCACAUCUGCAUGCCCAGGCUGCCCUGAUGAGAUAUGUAGCAUGAUUAUCUGUCUGCUGAUUUCACACUCUCCCCUCUUCCCAUGCUCAUCUUUGCUUGUGACUCUUAGAUGGAAUAAGUAGGUUCAGACCUUACUGAAAGUGAACCAAGUGCUGGAAAGAGACACCCAGCAGGGAUGAGACUGCAUGCUGAUUCAGAGAGACUGCAGGAGCUAUCUAAAUUAGGAGGUGAAUUCCCUGCUUUUGCAUGUCUGCGAUGAAUAAUCUUUGAAAAUAUGACUUGGAGACAACUAUAGCAACUCAACCCUAAAUGCAAAGCUCCCUGCUAGGAGAACACUUCAGCAACCGUAUGCUGCAUGCCACCCUUAGCUGAGAGUUAAGCAUCUCUGCCAUGGAUUUUCUGCCUUGGCUGUAUUCAAGACUAAAACGAGCACAGUGCUACAUAGACUGGUUAGCUGUGGGUGGUCAGUGCUCAGUUGUCUGGAUUAUAGCAAGUUGCCUUCAUCUAAUACCAUUUCAGUGUUUCCUCUAACAGGGCUGGAACAGGAGGUAAUAUAUUCAGUGGAGGAGAACCAGAAAAGCAGCAAAUCUGUGUUGUUGUGUUUAUCUGAAGACCUCUAAAGCAACGUGGGAUGUUACUGAUCUUGUUAUGCUAACUGUGGGCUGGCAUACAGAACAUGAACAGAAACAUGUUCUUUAUUUUCCUUUGGACUCAAGUAACAUUCAGAUUAGAUUUCUGUAAGCAACUGUAUUUCCAGAGUUCACACAAUGUCAAAGUAUUAAGUGGUUUGUGUGCAUCUUUGCCAGAUGAUGAUUACUAAUAGCAUAUUCUGUGCCCUUAGAAAUAAUCUUGUUUGCAAGACAUAGAUUAGGCAGACAUAUGGCUAUCAAUUAGUUAAAUGAAAUCUGUGUUUAAUGAAACCUACUUCUCUGUAAUCUUGCUUUGCUUGGAAACCUGUUUGGGAUUAUUAGGCUCAUUCAUUUAUAUGGUAUGUUUUAGGGCUUAAAAUGUGAGAAUUACCUAAUAGGAUUUUAAUGAGAUUUUCCCUCCUAGGACAUUUGAAAUAAAUGGAGGAGAAAAUGCCCUAACCACUUAAACUAUAUGAGUGAACUGUCUGCAGCAUCCCAAAUCAAAGAUGCUCUCUCAUUUCUGAAUAUGUAUACAACUUCCUUAGGAAAAUAACAUUUGUUUAUAAAGACUGGUCUUCAUACUCUAUUUAGUCUGAGAUUGGCUGUCAUCAGAUUUAAAGAUCAAAUAUAAGUCUAAUGUAGGCUGAUGGAGUAUAGUCCUGCCAAGGACUGAAUAUCCUUCAACUCCCACUUACUUUGUGCUCACAAAAAUGGCUAUCCUGUCAGCUCAACCCAUGUCUGGCUCUUAGUGCUGUUUUACACUUGAUAACUUUUGGAGUGAAGCCUGGUAAUUCUGCUGAACUCUGUGCCGCUUUAGCAUUACAGAGUAUCAAUAUAUAUGGAAAAAGACAAGGUGGAUGUUGGAAUCAUUGCAAGCAGGGUUCAGAGGUGUUUUGUAUCCUUAAUUUACAUGCCUGAGGAGAAUCUGGAAUCAAAGGAAUGUUUGUUGUCAGUCCAGUAUUGUUCAAUCCAGAUGUAUUGCUAAUAAGGAAUCAGACUGGGGGUCUCUAGUGGAGCAUAUACCUGCAAGACUACAGGUACCAGGAUGGCACAAGGAUGUACUCAACAGCUGCCAUAAACACCUUGGGUCCAUUCCCUUCUCCACUCAUUAAGUGAUCCUUUCAUUAACAAAUCUGUUCUGACCUAUAGUCACUCUAAUCAUAUUAUGUAAGCAGCUAAAUGGAAGUCACUAUGCAGUUACACUGCAAUUGUACUAUUGCCUUGCAUGAACCCAAAGGGAAGAAUAUUGUUCUCUACUCCAAUUCUUGGUAAUUUUGGCAGCCAUUCUAGGAACAACUUUUGAAGAGGCUUCUAUAGCUUUCCAUAAAAUGAGGUAUUCUUGUCUGGGUCUUCCUCCCCCCCCCCCCAACUUUUAAUGCAGAUAUGAAAUUAAGGCCUGAGCUAAGUGAUGUAGCCUAUGUGAUCAGAUAUCUUUACUGCUGUGCCAAACAUUUUUCCUUCCUGUAUCAAACACCAGACACUUCUGUUGGAUCUCUCAACAGAGUAACUCAAAGCACCUUGCAAAUCAUUAGAAAGUACCAUUUGAUGGUGGUGCAAGAUCUGAUCACUGAAAUCAUGAUAACUCUAGAAUGGUAUUUGCUUUUAACAGCAGUUAGAAUUGCACUAGGCUUAAGGAGGCAAAACUACUUGGUUUGGCUCCAAGCAUUUUCCAAGCAGCCAUACGUUUCUAAGAAAGGGCUGUCAGAUCUUCAUUUUAUGUAUCCUAGCUGGAAUGUCCACAGGUAGGUUUGUGACAGCCACCAAGUGCCUUCAGCAGCACAGCACCUCCCAUUGUUCUGAGAUGACCAAGAGUUUUCUCUGAGGAAAGCCACUGCUAAAAUAUUAGUGUUCUUUUCUACGUUGAUUCUGUUUUUUCAGUGAUCUCUUUCAUUAUCUCACAGUAUCAAGACAGAUUUCUAAUGUCUUUCUUUAUAGAAGCAGAGAGAAAAUAAUAAUAAAAAAAACUUGGCUAAAAAACAGAUGUGGAGAUUGCUUUUAUGAGAUGAUACUCAGCAUUGUGAAAUUACAUUUAAAGAUUUCUUUAAGAAACCACCUACUUGGAAAAGAUGAAUCUUUCAGACUGGAAAAGGUGUCAGUAUGAGACCAUUCGGUCAUGUUGAUAUGCAAUGCAUCUAAAACAGAACUACUUUAACAAGUCCCAGAUAGCCAUGAAUUAUGCUUUGAAUAUGUUCAAAUAGGAGCUUGAAUGAAGACUGUAGUGUAUGUUUUGGGUCUGUUUUUUGUUUAGGUAUGUCUGCUAAACAAAAAAUAGGCUUCAGAAUCUUAUUUUUGUUAUUUUUUAAGCUUUAUAUAAGACAAUAAAUACUUCUAAUGAAAACUUAAAGUACUCUGUAGAUCUCCUAUCUCUACGUAGGAGACAGUGAAGAAAGACCAUACCAAUGUUUUGGUACUUUGCUGGAGUUUUUAACAAUAUAAAAUAAUCUUUCUACUUUACAAGGUUAAAUACAGACAAA